AGUAGAACGCCACCUCCGUGUUUGUAUUUCAAAUUGGCCAACCAGCCUGGAAAAUGUUUGCAAUACCAUCCACUAUGCCACAUAGGCAGCACUGAUUUCAAAUUUCAAAUACGAACAUGUCAACAAUCUACAGGGUCGCGCGGGCGGCUGUUUAUCUGGUCGUCCUGUGUACAGCUUCAAGUUGACGUCGAUUUUAAAUAAAUCGAUUGUCACCCACGCGCGGUUGACUAUCAAGAAAUUGAAGAAAUGGCGACCCCAAUCAGUACGAUCCCAAAGAUCAGAGAUGCUCUUCGAGCGACGUUCCGUAGCGGAGUGACCCGUCCCAUCAAGUGGCGUCAGCACCAACUAUACCAGCUUGCACGCAUGGCGCAGAAUGAACGAGAGCUCAUUUGUGAUGCCCUAAAGAAGGAUCUCGGAAAGCCAAAAACAGAGGUCCUCAUGGCUGAAGUAGGCUGCGUCGUCGAAAGAGCUUUGAAGAGCGCAGAGCAGCUCCCAGAAUGGGCCAAGACUGAAUAUCCAGAGGUGGCUGAUUGGCAGAAGCCAUGGAAGCCAGCGCUCUACAAGGCUCCAAGGGGCACUGCGUUGAUAAUCUCGCCAUGGAACUACCCUAUGAUCCUCACUUUCCAACCUCUCAUUGGAGCAAUUGCAGCAGGCUGCACCGCCGUACUAAAGCCGUCUGAGCUUGUCCCCACCUUCUCACAGCUCUUGGAUGAAAUCGUGCCAAAGUACUUCGACCCAAAUACGUACCGUGUUGUUAAUGGUGCUGUGCCUGAAACUUCAAAGCUUCUGGAGCUUCAAUGGGACCACAUUUUUUACACGGGGAGCGGCAGGAUUGCUAGGGUCAUCGCCACUGCUGCGGCCAAGCACCUGACGCCAUUAGUACUGGAAUUAGGUGGAAAGAGUCCUGUGAUUAUCGACUCGGCAUACGAUAUCGAUCUUGCCGCAAAGAGGAUCCUGUGGGGCAAGUGCAACAAUGCAGGACAGAUCUGCGUUGCACCUGACUAUGUCCUCGUACAGCGGGACAAGCAAGACGAGCUGAUCAAGGCAUUCCAGAAGCAUUAUGAUUCAUUCUUCCCUGAGGGUGCGCUAGAUUCGCCAUUGUUUGGAAGUAUCGUGUCGGAUUUGCACCAUAAACGCCUUACUUCACUUCUUUCCCGCACAAAGGGUCAAGUCGUUCUUCGGGGUCGCUCUGACGCUGCGAGGAAGAGACUCGAGCCUACCAUUGUCAAGGAUGUUGCGGAAGGCGAUUCCUUGUUAGAAGAAGAAAUCUUUGGUCCGAUCUUGCCAAUCGUGCCUGUGGAUUCUCUCAAGCAAGCAAUUGACUUUGUUAAUGCACGAUCUCACCCAUUAGUUCUGUAUGCUUUCAGUGACAACGAGAACGUGAAGCAACAACUCGUCGCGGAAACACAGAGCGGUGGUAUUAUGUUCAAUGACACCUUCCAACAUGUUGCUGUGAAAGAACUACCAUUUGCGGGAGUAGGGGAGUCCGGCUGUGAGAUUUUACUCCACCUGAGAAUGUAGAGAAUGUAACUGAUACUGAACUCCGUUGACAGAUGGAAACCAGGUUAUGAAACAUACGUACGAUACGUUCACGCAGCUUCGUAGUUCUAUUGACAUGCCGAAAG